AUGACAGCCUGUCUUUGCAGUACCGCGAGCCAUCUGGCCAAAAACUUCGAUGAGGUCAAAGCCAAGGAGCUGGUCCCUCAGCUGAACCGUCACCUCGCAGCUAUCCGAUCGCUCUUGUCCAAAUCAAAAUCACUGUCUCGUGAUGUACAAUACAGCGUCAGCCCCAACAACCAACGGGCGAUGAAGAUUAUGUCGAUACAGGCCAUCGACAUGAACCCCGUGAACGAGGUUUGCAAAAGAUUCAGAAAUGACUUGGCCGGGUUUUGGAUACCCUCAGAUGAUGCAGCGCACGGUGAGCUACGUCGGCGACUUGCCUGUAUCUCAGUCUUCCUCAGGUCCAGAUCUGAUGACCAGGCACCAAGUCCGGCGUCGGUUGCAAGUUUUGUUCAAGGGCACAAACUCUCAGAGUUACGGUAUGCGGGGAAGAAAUAUAUCAAAAUUGCUAGAAAGUUAGGGGGUAUUGGCGCUGUGUUUUGCCUCCCUUUAGAUGUUCCUUUUUCAACGUCUGAGGACUAUACUGAAAUUGUACAGCUCCUUGUGUCGCAGUCUCUUACUGACUCGGUUGCGCCUUAUGCAUAUCACAACCUGUUUUCCGAAUAUCCGGAUAUUCUUCCAGAUUUUUCCAAGCUUUCAUUAAUUAUUCACGCAUUGGGUGACUCUGACAUCCCCGACGUGAUCUUCAAGAGCGUGCGAUCACCCCAGCGGCGGUGGAACCCUGAGGGUGAGAUCGAAAGCAACCACAGCGCAGACUCCGGCAUAUCUUCCGAGAUACUGCAGCUUCUUUCAGACGACGAUCGUCUGAGUCAUGCUGCUACGGACCCCAACCUUAUAAGACAAACAUUAAAUGAUGGUACGGUUAGCUGGUCCAUUAGCCCUGAAAAGUCAUCAUUGUUGGCAAGCGUAUUGUUACCCGAAACGGUGGAAUCUUUGGCGGUGCUUGGACUGAAACUCAUGUGUUACGCCUGUCCGCCAUGUUAUGAAGGAAAUACUUCAUGGUCGUCUCAAGUGAAGCAAAUGGUAUGGUCAUUGCUUGACAAAGCACUUGAACGACCGAAAACCGCCGCAUCUCUUAGAUGUCAAGUUUUGGAUGCCAUUCUAUACUUCUGCGAAAGAGAUUCGCUUGCCAUUCGCCGGAGGGCCAUUGAGAGGGCACGGGUGCUCCUCGUCAAAUCAGUGCCAUAUUAUCUGCAUGCUUCAGUUGCUCUUUUUCAAAGCCUCCUAUGCCGAAUGGAUGUAGAUCUCGUCCAGUCCGACUUUGUGAUUCGCGACUUUCUAUGCAAAAGCCGACCACCAGCCAGCAGGCGCGACGACGCUUUACGAGGUCGACUUCAUAUAUCGCAUAUUGAGAACAUGAUCCAACGAUUCGAUGACGAUGUGGCGUCCAGCAUCUAUGAAUGGCAGGGUACACACCCCCUAUCAGCAUUAGAAAUCGACGUAACAAGACGACUCCAGGGUUUGGCGGCGAAGUUCUUCCAAUCCAUCGGUGAUUUCGAAAAGUCACGCGACUCUCUGGAACAAUACUUAUCCCUCAACCCGUCAGAGCCCAUCACAGUAAGGAUGCGUCGGCCGAUUGUGUCAAGGCUUACCGAUACACACUGCGAGAUUGGCGACUACCACAGAGCGUUCAAGUUGAUCCAACCCGAGAUUGCGAACAUCACCGACAAGGAGAAGCGGUCUCGCCCGGUGCGCCGCCUCCUUCUUGCAUCUGUCGAGGCUAGCAUUGGACAGGGCAGACUGGACGAAGCUGAGUCAACCCUCCUGGAGCUGGCCGAGGCUGAAGCCCCCGGACCAGACGACCUCACGGACCAACUCAUGCAUAUGAGAGGGGUGAUUGCCAGAGCGCGGGUCGCCCACGAGCGGCUGGAUUUUCACGUGGCAAUCCGCCGCUGGAGCUUUGCGCUGGAGGAAAACGCACGCCUUGAGCAGUUCAACCAAAGAUACCAGUUCACCGCGGCGGUUCUUCACUUAUCACUGGCACACGCGCAUCUUUCGGCCGGGGAUGAGACAAGCGGUAGACAGUCGUGGGACAUCGCCGCGGGCAUAGUUAAGACGCAACGGUGUGAAUUCUGGCUGCCUGUCGUUGCUUCACAAUGGUUGCGGAAGAUGGUAAACUCAAUCCACGAGAUGACGGGGUGGCCAUUCCGCAUAAUGUUGCCUGGGAGGAAACCAGAUAUGACAUGGGUGUAA